AUGAUUGCCAUGAGAAGACAGAGGUACGCGUCACCGGAAGAGCAAAGUGCACACAUUUGCCAAGCUCUCGCCGAACACAUGCGCGGCGAAGCCCUAACUUGGUUCGGCAGCUUCCAGACCGAUUCCAUCGAUAGCUUUGACGAUCUGGCAGUCGCCUUAUUAAAGCGAUACCUCUGCUUUGCACUCAACGACCUCGUCCUACGAAAGUCCGACGACGACAUGAUCGACCAUCUCGGCAAAUUCGGCUUCAGCUGCAAAUUCGGCAUCGCAAGAAUCAUCAAGCCAGGAGUCUAUCAGCUCGAAGAGAACCUCGGCAGCACAUCCAAACGCCUCUGGAGCUCAAAGGAGCUGUGCAAGUUCUAUGACUAG